CGUAUUUGUGUUGAAAAUGGCAUGUUCACUCUGGGAUUCUUUAGAGAAGGAGUUACUAAUUUUCGUGGUUGGUUAGAUGAUCUGCUAAAAACUUCAUGGGAUGCGUGUCAGGGCACUGAUUUGAUUAUAGAGUCACCCAGUGCUAUGUCAGGCAUUCACAUUGCAGAAGCUCUUGAAAUUCCAUAUUUUCGGGCAUUUACCAUGCCAUGGACGAGAACAAGAACGUACCCUCACGCAUUUGCUGUGCCGUAUCAUGACCUUAAAGGUCCUUAUAAUUACUCAUCAUACGUUCUUAUAGAAAAUGCAUUUUGGCGUGGAAUUUCUCCGCAA